AUGGGUAAUCGACGAGUUCAGCGUCUGCAACCAGUGAGACCGUUUUAUAUUUCGGGAGUUGAUUACGCGGGUCCGUUUUUGAUUGAAGAAGGUAAAACUCGAAAAAUUGCACUUUUCAUCUGCUUCUCGACUAAGGCUAUACAUCUUGAGCUAGUCGGAGAUUUAACGUCAGAUAGUUUCUUAGGUUGUAUGAAAAGAUUUAUUGCGCGUAGGAGUAAUGUCGCCGAGAUCUUCUCCGACAAUGGUACUAAUUUCACCGGUGCGGAACAAUUAAUGUUUGAAUCGUUUCGGUCAAAUUUAUCAGAGCACGUUUCUAACAAUAAAACGAAGUUUCAUUUUAUGCCACCACGAUCGCCGCAUGUUGGAGGUCUUUGGGAGAGAGCGGUACGAAGCGUAAAACACCAUUUACAUAGAGUUAUGGGCGAUGCUUCAUUAACUUACGAAGAAUUCUAUACAUUACUAACGGGAAUAGAAGCUUGCUUAAAUUCGAGACCCAUCACUCCUCUUUCCCUCGAUCCUCACGACCUGGAUGCCGACACCGGGUUGAGCCGUUGGCAGCGAGUUCAGAACCUACGGCAGCAUUUUUGGCACAGAUGGCAAAGGAAAUAUCUUCAACAGCUCCAGCAGCGUCCCAAGGGUCAACAAUUCGCUUCACCCAACAUCACUCCAGGAAACAUGGUUGUCUUAGUGGAAGACAACUUACCACCUUUAAGGUGGAAAUUAGGCCGAGUCGUCGAUGUUCACCCAGGUCAAGACGGUAUUGUGCGAGUUGUUACAGUGAAAACCGCGAGUGUGAGUGAAACCGGGAGUGAGAUACAAGAGUACUCGAUUAAAAAGGUGUUGGUGAGUGAAUCACUAGCGACGCAUAUAGAACACGUUUUAUAG